AUGAAGAAAGUAGAAAGAAGAAAGAAGAAAGAGAAAAGACAUGAAGAAAGAAGAAUGAAGAAAGUAGAAAGAAGAAAGAAGAGAGACAAGAGAGAAGAGGUCGAUCAUUGUUGGAGCCGAUCACCUCCAUUGCCGAGAGAUAGAUUCAUUGUAGAGAGCAAGAAAGAAGAAAGAAGCAGCAAGCGAUCACUUUUGAUCGAGAAGGAAAGAAAAUUGAAGCAAGGUCAGGCAGUCUCUAAGUUAUGUGCCAAGUAUCUUCACCAGAUGUGUGGAGAGCAUAAAGAUUCUGGAAUCCUUAGGCAUGGCUUUCUUGCAUCAUCUUCAGAAGAGGCAGAUUCUAUUCAGAAUGCAUCAUUGAAGCAAAAUGGGAAAUCAGAAGCUUCUUGCUCAAAAACUUUGUCCCCACAUAAAUCGACAGCAGUGGGGUUUGAUGACAGGAUGUUGCUUCAUUCUGAAGUUGAAAGGAAGUCUCUUCCUCAUCCAGAAAGACCAGAUCGUCUUCGAGCAAUUGCUGCCAGCCUGGCAACUGCAGGUAUAUAUCCUGGAAGAUGCCAACCGAUUUCAGCAAGAGAAAUUACACGUGAAGAACUUCAGAUGAUCCACUCUCAUGAGAAUAUUGAAUCUGUUGAACUCACAAGCCAACAUGUUGCUAGUUAUUUCACCCCUGAUACAUAUGCAAACAAAGAUUUAGCACUUGCUGCCAGGCUGGCAGCAGGGUUAUGUGCUGACCUGGCAUCAACUAUAUACUCGGGGCGUGCUAAAAACGGGUUUGCACUGGUGCGUCCUCCAGGUCAUCAUGCUGGAGUGAGACAAGCAAUGGGAUUCUGUCUGCAUAACAAUGCAGCCAUUGCUGCAUCAGCAGCACAAGCUGCAGGAGCAAAAAAAGUCUUGAUUGUUGAUUGGGAUGUACACCAUGGAAAUGGAACUCAAGAAAUAUUUGAGCAGAACAAAACAGUGUUGUAUAUAUCCUUACAUAGACAUGAAGGUGGAAAAUUCUACCCUGGUACAGGCGCUGCCCAUGAGGUGGGUUCCAUGGGUGGAGAAGGGUAUUGUGUAAAUGUUCCAUGGAGUCGUGGAGGAGUUUGGGACCAUAGUCACAGGAUUCGCCAAAGUAGUCACGAUCCACGUUCCAAACGGCUCGAUCCCAAACGGGGUACGAUUGCGUAUCGAUCGCCGACAGAAACGCCCUCCGGUACGUCAUGCUUGCGAUCCCACCAAUUCUUUAAAUCGAUACCUGAAACAUGA